AUGCCCUACACAGAUGUUGUCAUCCAUGAAAUACAGAGACUGGUAGACAUCGUACCGAUGGGUGUCCCCCACAACGUCAUCCGGGACACUCAGUUUCGAGGUUACCUUCUGCCCAAGGGCACAGACGUAUUUCCCCUGCUUGGCUCUGUCCUCAAAGACCCCAAACACUUCUGCUACCCAGAUGCCUUCUAUUCCCAGCACUUUGUGGAUGAGCAGGGCCGCUUCAAGAAGAAUGAAGACUUUGUGCCUUUUUCCUCUGCUCUUAUAAUGCCACUGUACACCACUGGGAGACGAUUAGAUGUAACCUACAAGGAAAAGAAGUCUACAGAUGCAGACGACGCCUUCGGAGAGAAGCCAGACACUGUGAACGAGCCAUGA